AGGGGAUCCAAAGUGCUCGACCCCGGGCACAGGGACAGCCGGAUGUUUGGGGGCUUCUUUCAGCGGGGGACAGCCUGAUUGGGGGUCAGGCAGAGAGGAGACAGCCGCGGAGGGCAAGGAGAGCUGGGAUUUCACGGGGCACAGCAAGCAGGACAAUGACAUCUCUCAGCCACAUCUUGGUUCUCUGUGUGGGUUUCCUCGCCAUGGCCAAAGCAGAAGUUUCCCAGGAACACGAUCCAUUUACCUAUGACUACCAAUCUCUGCGGAUCGGAGGCCUCGUCAUCGCAGGGGUCCUCUUCAUCCUGGGCAUCCUCAUCGUCCUCAGCAGAAGAUGCCGGUGCAAAUUCAACCAGCAGCAGAGGACCGGGGAACCUGAUGAGGAGGAGGGAACUUUCCGCAGCUCGAUCCGCCGUCUGUCUAGCCGCAGGCGGUAGAAACACCUGGCGCCGUGGAACACUCCCAGGAUUCCCCUGGCACCUGACUCCUCUCACCCACCGCCCGAGCGCCCACCGCCACCUGGACGACGCCCUUGCCCACCCCUGUCCCCACAGACUCCCCAGUGCCACCCAGACGUCCAAUAAAACAUGCUUUUCUCUC